AUGGAUGAAGAUGGGGACAAAAGCAUCCAUAAGCUGAAAGAAAAGGAGAAAAACCAGAAGGGUCGCAGCUUUGGUUCUGUGUGGGACUAUUUUCUUGAGCUAUGGAGUCUCGGUAAGCUUACCUUCCUGGCUGGAGUCACCCCACAUGAGCUCCAGCAGUUCUCAACAGGGGUUCCGGUGCAUGAAGAUUAUGACAGUGUGGAGCAAGAAGAUGGUGAUGAACCAAGACCACAAGGCUCUGUUGAAGGCUGGAUUCUCUUUGUUACUGGAGUCCACGAGGAAGCCACAGAAGAAAACACUCAUGACAAAUUUGCAGAGUAUGGGGAAAUAAAACAUAUCCAUCUCAACUUGGGUAGAUGGACUGCGUAUCUGAAGGGAUAUACUUUAGUUGAAUAUGAAACAUACAAAGAGGUGCAGGCUGCUAUGGAGGGACUCAAUGGCCAAGAUAUGUUGGGACAGCCAAUCAGUGUGGACUGGUGUUUUGUUCGGGGUCCACCCAAGGGCAAGAGAAGAGGUGUCCAAAGACACAGCAGUCCAGAUCUGAGGCGUUGCUGAAAGACCCUCUCUUGUGCAGGGGUUCGAUCCAGAAUUUCCAUUUGACUGUGCAGUCUUGGAAGAAUUGGGUUGGGGGUGAAACUCAAAUAUGUUUAUAUUUAGUCUCUUACAUUAUUUGCCUAGUGUUU